UUUACUUUCAGGAUGAGAUUUUUUUGUACAACACACGUAAUAAAGCGGUUAUGUUUUCAAUCACGUCACGCUCACAGUGCUCCCAAAGUCCAGGAGUUCAAAAAGGUGAUGGUAGCAAAUCGAGGUGAAAUAUCAAUACGUGUAUUUCGUGCCUUAACUGAAUUGAACAUAACAUCGGUUGCUAUUUACAGUGAGCAGGACAAGCACUCGAUGCAUAGAUUCAAGGCUGAUGAAGCAUAUUUGGUCGGUAAAGGACUACCACCAGUUGCAGCGUAUCUCGCCAUUGAUCAAAUAAUUGACACUGCACUUAAGCAUAACAUCGACGCUAUUCAUCCGGGUUACGGCUUCCUGUCCGAACGUUCCGAUUUUGCUCAAGCAUGCAUUGACGCUGGAAUUACUUUCAUUGGCCCCAGUCCAGAAGUAAUGGCUCGGAUGGGAGACAAGGUCGCAGCUCGUCAGGCAGCUAUCGAAGCUGGGGUACAGGUCGUGCCUGGAACGGCCACUCCAAUCACUUCUGCGGAGGAAGCCAUCGAAUUCGCUAAACAAUAUGGUACGCCCAUUAUUCUGAAAGCGGCAUAUGGAGGUGGAGGUCGUGGUAUGCGAAGAGUGGACAACGUUGCUGAGGCUUUCCGUCGAGCGUUUUCCGAAGCACAAGCGGCAUUUGGUGAUGGAUCUCUAUUCGUGGAAAAAUUUGUUGAGCGACCAAGGCAUAUAGAAGUGCAGUUAUUGGGAGAUAAUUAUGGAAACCUAAUCCACUUGUAUGAACGUGAUUGCUCUGUGCAGCGGCGACACCAAAAGGUUGUUGAAAUCGCACCGGCGCCUGCACUACCAGAAGGCGUGAGAAAAAGUAUCCUUGACGAUGCAGUACGGUUAGCGAAACAUGUAGGAUAUCAGAACGCAGGUACCGUCGAAUUUUUGGUCGAUCAAAAAGGAAACUACUAUUUCAUCGAAGUAAACGCUCGUCUCCAAGUAGAACAUACUGUAACCGAAGAAGUAACUGGCGUCGACCUCGUACAGGCCCAACUAAGAAUUGCUGAGGGCAAAACGCUGUCGGAAUUAAAGCUUACUCAGGAUUCUGUUUUUCCCCAUGGAUCUUCUAUUCAAUGCCGCGUCACCACAGAAGAUCCUGCGAGAGCAUUCCAACCAGACUCUGGCAGAAUUGAGGUCUUCCGUUCUGGCGAGGGUAUGGGUAUUCGUCUCGAUUCCGCUUCUGCGUUCGCUGGUUCAGUAAUUUCUCCGUUCUAUGAUUCACUUCUGGUAAAGGUUACCUCGUUCGGGCAUCAUUCAUCAGAAAAUACAAACAUUCCGUUCUUGCUUAACGUUCUAACUCAACCCGCGUUUUUGGAAGCAUCUGUUGAUACCUACUUUAUUGACGAGCAUCCGAAUUUGUUCGUAUUCAGGCCAAGUCAAAAUCGUGCUCAGAAGCUGCUCAGUUACUUAGGUGAAGUUCAGGUUAAUGGACCCACCACACCUCUUGCCACCGAUCUCAAACCGGCCUACGUCGAUCCACCUGUACCUGCCAUUCACGCUGGCGAAUCAACACCAAUUGGACUUCGAGACAUUCUUCUGAAGGAGGGUCCUGAGGCAUUUGCACGUAGUGUUCGACGAAAACCUGGAUGUUUAAUCACCGAUACCACUUUUCGUGAUGCGCACCAGUCGUUGCUAGCAACACGAGUUCGAACAUAUGACUUGGCACAAAUCUCCCCAUUCGUCAGCCAUUCAUUUCCUCAACUAUAUUCUUUAGAGAACUGGGGAGGUGCCACCUUCGAUGUUUCUAUGCGUUUUUUGCAUGAAUGCCCUUGGGAACGGCUUGAAACUCUUCGAAAGCUGAUUCCGAAUAUCCCUUUCCAGUGUCUGCUUAGAGGAGCGAACGCCGUCGGUUACAGUAACUAUCCAGAUAAUGUUAUUGACAAAUUUUGCGAACUGGCAGUGAAAUCUGGAAUGGACAUAUUUCGUGUCUUUGACUGCCUAAAUUAUGUUCCUAAUUUAUUGGUUGGAAUGGAAGCCGUCGGCAAAGCCGGUGGUGUGAUCGAAGCUGCAAUUUCGUAUACUGGAGACGUUUCGGACAAAACGAGAACACAAUACACUCUUCAGUACUAUCUUGAUCUUGCUAAUGAACUCGUCAAAGCUCAAGCCCAUGUGUUGGCAAUCAAGGAUAUGGCUGGCGUCCUAAAGCCGGAAGCCGCAAGAAUGCUGAUUGGAGCAUUGAGGGAUAAGUUUCCAGACAUUCCUAUUCAUGUGCAUACGCAUGAUACUGCUGGCGCUGGAGUUGCUUCUAUGCUUGAAUGUGCUAAGGCUGGUGCCGAUGUUGUUGAUGCAGCGGUGGACAGUAUGAGUGGUAUGACCAGUCAGCCUAGUAUGGGUGCAAUAGUUGCCUGUCUUCAAGGAACCCCACAUGAUACAGGAUUGAGCUUGGAUGAAAUCUCUAAAUACUCCGCUUAUUGGGAAUCUGCCCGUCUGCUAUAUGCUCCAUUUGAAUGUGCCGUUACGAUGAAAAGUGGAAAUGCCGAUGUGUAUAGGCAUGAGAUUCCUGGAGGUCAAUAUACCAACUUGCAAUUCCAGGCUUUCUCACUUGGACUUGGCAACCAGUUUGACGAAGUCAAGCGAAUGUACCACGAAGCCAAUCUCGCUCUAGGUGACAUAAUCAAGGUUACUCCUUCAUCGAAGAUUGUUGGUGAUCUAGCUCAAUUUAUGGUACAAAAUCGUCUUACUCGCGAAACGCUAGUUGAUCGUGCGGACGACUUACCCUUUCCUAAAAGUGUUGUGGAUUAUAUGCAGGGAUAUGUUGGUCAACCUCCUUAUGGUUUUCCAGAGCCAUUGAGAACCAAAGUACUUCGUGGAAAGCCCAAGAUUGAAGGAAGAGCUGGCGAAAAUAUGCCUCCUAUGGAUUUUGAUAAAGUGAAGAAGGAACUAGAGGAAAAGCAUGGAAGAACCCUAAGGGAUCAAGAUGUCAUGUCAUACGCUAUGUUCCCGUCCGUAUUCGAUGAAUUUGAGCGGUUCCGUUCGAUGUAUGGACCUGUCGACAAAUUGCCUACGAGGAUAUUUUUCACAGGAUUAGAUAUUGCCGAAGAAGUCGACGUGGAGAUCGAGCGCGGAAAGAAGCUAGCGAUCCAACUUUUAGCGGAAGGCAAGCUGAACGAAAAAGGCGAACGUGAGGUGUUCUUCUACCUUAAUGGACAAAUGAGGAGUAUGUUUGUUCAGGACAAGGAGGCAUCUAAGGAAAUCGUGACCCAUCCAAAGGCGCUCCUUGGAGUUCGAGGAUCUAUCGGGGCGCCAAUGCCUGGUGAAAUCCUCGAAUUUAAAGUUAAAGAAGGAGAUAAGGUUGUGCCAAAACAACCACUGUUCGUGCUGUCGGCUAUGAAAAUGGAAAUGGUCAUUGAUUCGCCUAUUGCGGGUACUGUGAAGAAAAUCUGUUUAUCGAAAGGAACAAAAUGUGCAGCUGGUGAUUUAGUUGUCGAUAUCGAGCCCUAA